AUGACCCAUUUUAUUUAUUGUAUCGUAUACCAUAUAUCUUUACUGAACACCGAAAAUAUGGCUAAAAGCCGAACGUUAGGAUCGCCGACGGAUUCGGAGGCCAGCUCUGUUGAGAGUUCCAAAUCUAAAAGAUUACGAAGUAACAAACCCCGAUUCAAGCUCAAUUCUAGGUUCCAGUCUACUGCCAUCCAAGGAAUUCCCAUUCCGGAAGAUGAUGAGCAUGAUGCAGAUUUUUACCAUCCUGUGUUUCCGACUUUUAAACCUAAGCAAGGCCAGGAUUCAAAGACGGGAACCUAUACUGAAAAUGAAAAGAUUAUUACGCCGCAUGACCCUAUGCCCCUCAAAAAUGAAGGAAGCGGGAUUGGAAGCUCAAGUGAGUUUGUACAAGAAAUAGAGCGGGACUUCGACGAAGGGUUUGACAGGGAUACAGCUGGAAACGAGGCUCAACAGCAUUACCAGGGAAUACACAAGAAAAUUGUCAGCAACCAUCUCCAACCUUUUUCUAGCAAUGGCUUCGAGGAGUCUUCAGAUGAUAUUAGUACUGAGGAAGAAGACGAGGAUAAUGCAGAUUUGAGCCGUAUCAAGAAACUGAACAGUUCUUCCUCUAUUGAGAGAACAGCUUCUCAAAGAAGUGAGCGAAGUCGACGUGAUAUCAUUUUGAAGAAAAUUAGAACUGGACUGUCAUUUGGAGGCGGUAACGAUAAUAAGCCUAUAGAAAGUAUAGAGAAGGACAUUUCAGAUAUGGACUCGGUACCAUCUAUUCAUAAGUCCGGAGGACUUUUUAGACGGCUCUUUGGACUGAACGAGGCUCCGAUUGGAGGGGGAAUGGUUCCGGGUGGCAUUUCUUCAAGUACACCACACCAUAUUGAAGAUGAAGAGUCUCGACUGGAAGGGACUGAUCCUACCAAUGAGUUUGAGGAUGAAGCCAAAUUACUUGUUAACAGCAUUUUUCGAAAUAAACGAAAAACAAUGUCCUCUGAACUUGACUCUUCAGCUUCAUUGGAUGAUUCAACCCUUUUGCAACAGGCUAUUGCUCAUGACGAAUUUGAUGAUUUGGCUAACGACUCAGAGUUAGACAUUGAUAUCCCCGAGUCUGUGGCUCAGAAACCACGAAAACUUAGACGUGGAAUAGCUUCUAGUUUGCUAUCCCUGUACAAUAACAUGCCGGGAGGUCGGCAUCAACAGAAAUCCCAUCACGAAGGGAAGCAAAUUGAGUCUGAUGUUUUCUCUCACACGAACGCUUCCGAUGAAGAUUUCAGAGGCCGAAGAAGACAGAAAAGCCAUGCUGGUAAAAGAAUGUUGAGUGGACUAAGAAUUGGCCAUAGAUCAUCAUCCAGUCUACCGAAAACCUUUCAUUCAAGAAGGAACAGUUCAUCUGACGGUACCACGGAUACAAUUGAAUUGCAGAACUUAAGUCGGGUAGAACUUUUAAAGGGAGAUGCUGUCACCACUCUAGAAGCGAAUGUUGAGAGCUCCAAUAAUAGUGACCGGAAAGAUUCCCCUAUUAGACUACCGCAAUUCUCAAGAAAAAAGGACGGAAAGGUAGAGUUUUCUUCCGAAACGGGAGCCCCACUAGAGGGUGAAGCAGAAGAAUACCUCAAUGAAUAUCAGAAUAUGAAGAAGAGACGUAAAAAUCUCAAGCAUCGAUUCCACCAAGAGAAUACCGCAAGAAUUACAGUGCAUAUUGCAGAUGUAUUACAAAGACAGAUGUUUAUUCUGACUCUUUGUAAAGCCUUCAUGAGGUACGGUGCUCCAACUCAUCGUCUUGAGGAAUAUAUGACGAUGACGGCUCGUGUCCUCGAGAUAGAUGGUUCUUUUAUAUAUUUUCCUGGUUGUAUGCUUGUCUCAUUUGGAGAUGCAUCAACACGUACCACUGAAAUGAGAUUGGUUCGUUGUGCAGAGGGACUUGACUUGGGUAGGCUUGACGAAGCUCAUGAGAUCUACAAAAAUGUUGUGCAUGAUAGAGAAGGAGUUCAAGAAGCCACCGAGGCUUUGGAAGCAAUGAUGGCUCGGAAACCUCACUUUAGUUCGUGGAUAUGCAUCCUAAUGUAUGCAUUUAGCUCUGCUAUGGUCGCACCAUGGGCCUUUGGUGGUUCGUGGAAGGAUCUCCCGAUUUGCUUUGCAGUGGGAUUGGUGAUUGGAUUUUUGCAAUUUGUUAUCUGUCCCCGUUCUCCCUUGUACUCCUCUUUAUUCGAAGUUUCGGCCAGUAUCGCAUCUAGUUUUAUGGCCCGUGCAAUCGGUUCUGUUAACGGUGGACAAACAUUCUGCUAUGCCUCAAUUGUACAGUCAUCACUAGCUCUAAUCCUUCCUGGAUAUAUCAUCCUUUGUGGCUCUCUAGAAUUACAGAGUCGAAAUAUAGUGGCAGGUUCUGUGAGAAUGUUUUAUGCCUUCAUUUACUCUCUAUUGCUUUCCUUUGGGAUCACAUUAGGUGCCGCAUUGUAUGGCUGGAUAGACAGUAAUGCAACAUCGGCUGCUGUCUGUACCUCCAACAUUGAUCCUUGGUGGAGAUUCUUAUUCAUUCCUGGAUUCACAAUUGGAAUUGCUCUGGCUAAUCAGGCCUCCUGGGGUCAACUUCCAAUUAUGACCUUUAUAUCUGGCUCAGGUUACGUUGUGAACUACUUUUCUAGCAAGCAUUUCAAAAAUGCCACGGAGCUUUCAGCCACGCUUGGCUGCUUUGUUAUCGGCUUGGUUAGCAAUUUAUACUCUCGGAUGAUGAAAUCAUUCAGCAAGUACCUUAGUAGGAGCUCAUUCAUGACAGUUUCAUUGAUGCUACCUGGCAUAUUUGUUCAAGUUCCCUCCGGUGUUGCCUCUCAGGGUUCCGUCUUAAUGGGACUUAGUACUGCCAAUGAUAUUGUCAAUUCAAACACUACCAAGACUUCUGUGACAAACACUUCUUCACUUGGCUCUAUGGCAUUUGGCUUGCUUAUGAUAGAGGUGGCUUUAGGUAUCAGCGUGGGACUCUAUAUGUCGACAGUCGUGGUGUACCCAUUUGGUAAAAAGAGAACGGGACUAUUUACGCUAUAA